GUGGUACUGAAUGUUAUGUAGGUUAUAACUGCAAUGGCAACUGAACAGACUCCAACCGAGAACCCCUCAUCCAUAGCUUCUACCCCAGCUGCAGCUUCAUGCCGGAAGAAGAAGAGCGAAAGUGGAACUUUCCUAGAAGACGUGAAAGAUCACAUUGAUGAAUUCAUCCAUGCUUCUAUGGACGAACACAAAACUUGCUUCCAAAAGACUAUCAAGAAGAUGUUCGGGAUGUCAAAAGCUGUUGCAGAGAAGAACUCUGAGGCCAAGGAAAUUGAAAGUUCUUUGCCUCUUCGAACGACUGUUUCUGAGUAAGGUGUAUUCUGCCCUGCUUUGAUAUGGACUUUAAUAAUGGAUAUAUUUAGUUGUUGUCAAAAUGUUUUAGAUGUGGAAUAAGUCAUCUUUGAGACUGAUACUUGGAAGUUGUUAUGAAAUGUGUAUGCUAAUAAGGUUGAACUUAACGUGAAUCUUGUACUUGGCAACCUUGAGCCCAGACAAUUCAACAAUAUUUACAACAUGUUCUUAGUAUUUUUCAUUUA